GGUAUCAUUCUGACUUUGAUGCUACCAAGGAUCCUAACUUUUUGACAAACACUUGAGUUUACAGUUGACACUUGAACGUAUCGCGCAUCGUUGCAAAACCACAGGACUUUAUUUACUAUAUAUCUAUAUAUCUUUUUUCAUACUGAUAAAACAACGUAAGUGUACAGGAAAUAAAAGGACUUCUGAUACUACGGACUGUUGGUUUAUUUCGCUGAAUAGAAGAUGUUUCUAACGUUGUGAUUGCUUUGUUCCUGUUUUGGUAUUUUUACGACCAACAGUGUUUUAAAUUGACGGUACAUUCCAAGACUUUUGCUGUGAUCUGUGAAAAUGCACCACCUUCCAUAUUAUUACUCCUCGGAGCAGCUCAAAUCAUACCAUAACAGCAUGUUAGCGGCCGCUAGUACCAGUCCCCCACUAUUCACAAUCGACAAUAUCCUGGCUCCAAGACCUUACCUCACCCACAGACCCUCACCCUACUUCCCAUACCCGGGGCUUCCGCACACACCACAGGACCUCUUUGCAGCAGCUUACAGUCCUUUUCCAGGGUUGAUGACAGCAGCAGACUUAGCACGCGCUGGACAAAAGCGGAAACGACGUCAUAGAACGAUAUUCACGGAAGAGCAGUUGGAGGAACUAGAGAAGACAUUCAACAAAACGCAUUAUCCGGAUGUUCUGUUGAGGGAGGAACUGGCUAUUAAAAUAGAUCUUAAAGAAGAACGAGUUGAGGUCUGGUUCAAAAACAGGAGAGCAAAGUGGAGAAAGGUAAAACGCGAGGAAGAAGCGGCAAAGAGAACAGCCGAAUUGGGAAAUACAGUUGAAGACAAAGAAAAAUCGUCAAAAAAAUCACUCGACAGUGAAACAAAGGAUACAAACUCUGCGUAUAGUGAUUGUAUGAGUGAUAGAAGCACGGACUCUCCCAGAAUAGACAUUGAGGAAGAUGACGCCGAUCAGGUGUCUAGUAGCGCCAACGUGCUUGCGUCACCCUCGACUUCCGGUUCCGUUUCUAGUCACAGUGCUCUUACGUCACAAGAAUCGCCAUGAACAUUUGUAACACUUCUCAGUGUUGUUGUGUCAUGUGAUUUUAAGCAGUGCAUGCUCUAAAUGCAACAAUAGAAGAAAGACAUUUCUUCCAGUCCUGCUCUUGGAUGUUUUCGUGUAGCAUUUCAUGUUUACAAGUGCUUAAGAGUACAAAGAUCUAACUUUCUAGAUGAAAAAAGGGAAACAGAGCAUGCUUUUAAAGUAAAUCAGCUGUCGCCCACCUACCCCUUCAGGCUCAGUGAAGGCAAAUUAUGGAAAGACUUUUGAAAAAAAAAUAAUAAUGCAGUUCUUACAGCUACAAUGGAUUCACUGAUAUUCAAGAUAACUUUUCAAUAGAAAGUUACUAAACACAUAUAUUUUUAAAAAAGAUUUGGAUUUUAGUUAUGUACUUAACAUUUAGACACUGAUAGAAAAGAAUAGUAGAACCAUUUCUAUUUGUUUAAUUUUUUCAUUUUAUUUUUAAAUGUUUGACAUUAAUUUUCUUAUCGGUAACAUCAUGAAAUGUUAGUUUUUAUAGUCACACGUAAUGUUAGUAACUUCAUCUUAUUUAUUGACGUGUCUAAAACAUUGUUUUUGAUGUCGAACGAGGCCCACCGAUAUUAUAUUCUUUGUAAAUAUUUACAUUUAUAAAUGAAAUACGUAUUCACAAGUAAUAAAUAUAACGG